AUUAUUAUUAUUAUUAUUAUUAUUAUUAUUAUUUAUUAUUGGCCAGCCACUUCUGGGAAGCACAUAGGCAAGGUGGAAAGGAACAACACCCCGCCCCUCACAGCAGCUGACUUUCAGAUAUACACUGCGGCUGCACAUGGAAGUUCCAUUCAUGUACCUCGGCCAUUGAAAAACCUACCCUCCACAGGAAUGAGGCCCUGCUGAGAUGUUCCACAAGGGGGUGGGGAGUGGAGCACACUUCUGGUCUCAUCUACCUGCCGCUGGUACUUUUGCUUUUCAUUUUUUUGGUUUUGAAAAGCAGCAUGCAGUUGGGCGAUGCGGGCAGGAAGCCGGCUCUGCCACAGGGCGCAUGUGGCCUCCGCUCAGAGGCAGCCACCCACCCUGGGAAAGUCAGCCGUGCGACCGAGCUGCUUGCAGCCACCCAGAAAGCUGGGACCUGACCUUUUAUUCUAGAAGACGGUGAGGCCAAGCCGAACGAUCAAGGGAUUCCGAUCGCUGGGGCAGAUUGCAGAGAUGCCCUUUGCCCGCCUCUGUCCCCCCCACUGCUAAACAUCCUAUGCCAAGAGCGUCUCGCAGGGGAAUCCACUGAUGGCUCCAUCCCUGGAGGAAGUGGGGGCUGACGGCUUCUUCCCUUCGUUCCUUCUCGUCUCCCUGGUUGGCCUAACCGCCUGUCUCUUGGCCCUCUGCGCACUUUGCAGGAGGAAAGAGAAGAACAGAGUAAUUCCACAAGAUGGAGCGAUGCUGGAGGAAGCAGCGGAGCUCUUGACGGUCGUCCACUCGCACCAGCUGAACAGGACAAAUUCAAAGGCAAAAAAUCCGAGGUCAACCGGUGGCAACAUCCCUUACGCACUGAGCGAAGAUGAUGGGACGAUAUCCAGCUGCAGCUUCAUCAUCCUGCCCCCGAGGCGGCUUCCCCGCACCCCCCCAGAGGACCUGCUGUCUCCAGACCAGACUUACUCAAAUCUGAGCUUCCAAAACCGAGUCGAGGAUGUGCUGUAUGAAUCCAUGUCGGUGUCGGAGGAAGCGACGGAGGAACCGAGCCCUGUCACGAAGGAGGAGGAGGAGGAGGAUGCUAUUGGGCAACAGGACCCAGCAACAGGACCCGAGUACGCCUGUGUUCUGAAAGGGAAGAAGAUGAAGGACCACCAGCACGCAGGGAUGGAGGCGGGGGCCUCUGAAGCAUCGCAGCAGGGAUCUCUAGCAACGACACUUCACACUGCUCAAGCAGUACAGUUUGAAGAAAUGUAUUCAGUGGUGCGCAAGGAGAGGAAGAAGGAGGAGAAGAAGAAAACCGAGGGCUCUGGCGGGCACAGUGAAGAGAGACCAUCCCAAGGGGAGAUGAGCCUAGGAAAUGCCCUGGUGGCAUCUGUCCAUCAGGAAUCAGAUGGCAGGCCAGGGCACCCGCCCUCCUUGUUCCAGCCUCCUGCUAUUGAACCCUGCUAUGAGUCUGUUGGCUGUGAAUCGUGGGUGGGCAACGGCAGGAAGCCAAGCACAGAGCCAGCUUAGGAGGCUGUAGAUACUUACUGGAAGAACUCGAGGAGGAAAAGAAAGCCGGACAGGAACGCCCCAGCAGAAAACCUCUACGAAAGCAUCGAAAACCUGGCAUUUCAGUUUCAGAAUCAAAACAUGUUAGCCCAUUUUGAAAUCUGACUCUUUGGUUUGGUUUACCUAUUCAAGCGGAUGUAAAUGAAUUAAGUGGACAUAGUUCAAACGUUACUAAGUGCCGCUGCAUGUCAGCCCUCGGAAACCAAACGCUGACUGCGGUUGCAUGUUAACUGGCAGAUGCCCCCAAAACGCCAGACACCUCCAGACGACAUGUUUUAUUGACCAUUCCUCUAUGUGCUUGCACAAAGCUUGCACAGAGGUUAGACUCUUUGUUGAGCGUUUCUUUUCAUUUGUUUGCAGGAAGCUUAUAUGACAACCGGCAUCAAUUAAUCUGGCAGAAUGACAAAGAACAAUAAAAAAAGCCUUAAAAUAUCAUGGUGGGGUGAGGAGAGGAAGGUGAGCUGUUAGCCUUAGGAACUGCCAGAGAAGAACAUCAGUGCUGGGUGACAUUUCGCACUCGGAUAAUCUUUGCAGAUAAUCACUUCGCUCCACUAGGAACUUUAUGAAGAGCAUCAACGUGUCUGGCUGCAACCCUGCAUCUGCUUACUUGCGAGUAAGCUCUGAGAGCCUCAAUGGAACUUCCCCUUUUGAUCUGAGUUGCCAUGGCUUGAAAGGGCUGAUGGAUUGAUGAGAGCUGCCGUCCAACAUCUAGAUAGCUGUCAUUUCCCUACUUAUUGCUGCAAAGCAUUUACAGUUGUUGUUUUUCAGAAGGGGUGGGGGGUGGGAAAUGAAUAAUUUGUUGUUGUUGUU